AUGGAAGCACAUCGCUCCAACAACGCACAGCUCUGCACUGAUGUUUCCACCGGAGCUGCUGCCCAACCCGCUGGAUCUGCAGCAGCGGUGGCAGCAGUGGGUGCAGCAGUAGUGGCAGCAGUGCGGAUCUCCACCUUCCACUCCUUCUGCUUGCAGACCCUCAGGCAGUUCGCACACCUGGCGGGCCUGCCUAAGGACUUCACCGUCUUCCCUCCCAAGAUGCAGGUCAACACCGAGUCCAUCCCUUCCCUUCCCUGUCUGGCAGAGACGUUGAUGGAGCUGCUGCAGGAGUGGGCGGAGAGGAAAGCUGCAGAGGCAGGGGAGCAUGGAGCCAGUCGAAUAAGCGUGCCAACAGGAAAGAAGUACCGGCGCCGCCUCGUGCUCAACAAGGCCGUCGACUUCUCCCAGUUCGCCCCCAAGGCGGUGAAGCUGCUGCACUUACAUCCAGAGAUACUCGCGUCGAGCAGCACGCGCAGCAGCAGGGAGCACGUGCAUAGCAGAGCGCGCACUGCUGCAGCUGCAGCUUCGUCCAGGAGCCACCUGCGUGUGUCGCACGUGCUUGUGGACGAGUUUCAAGACACCGACAGCUGUCAGAUGGAGCUGCUUCUGCUGCUCUGCCGCCCGCUGCCGUCCGCGCCGACCCUGACCCUCGUGGCCGACGACGACCAGCAGAUCUACUCCUUCCGCGGCGCCAUGGGCCUGCCGAACCUGCGCCGCUUCCUCCGAACCUACCCGCAGGCUCGGACAGUCUGUCUCGACCAGAACUUCCGAAGCUGCGGCUCGGUGGUGGAGGCCGCCCGCCACGUCAUCGCGCACAACCAAUGGCGGCACGCCAAGUGGAUGGUGACAGCAGCACCAGUGGGCCCGCUUGUCUCCUUAUGCGAGUGCCGCACGGAUCGGUGCGAGGCGGCAGCUGUGGUCGGCAAGAUCUGUCAUCUAGUGGGGUCGUGCGGGGUGCCAGCGAAUCAGAUCGCAAUCCUGUACCGUGUGCAGGUAGUAGGAAAGGUGAUUCGGCAGUAUCUGAAGAGCCAUGGGAUCAAGGUGUCUUCUGCUGCGACAGGAGGAGGGGGAGCAGGAGGCUUUGGAGGUGGAGGAGGGGGAGGAGGAGGAGGGGCGGCAGGAGGAGGGGAAUGGGGAGCAGCAGAGGAGGAUGGGGUAGCAGUAGCUGCAAAUGGCUUUAUAGCAGAGGGGGGUAACAGUGCGACGGCUGGUGCUCGGGGAGGAAGGGGGACGGGGACAGUAGGAGCAGUUUUCCAUGAUAUCCUGGCUCUUCUGCGAUUGGCUGCCAAUGAAUCGGAUGACGUGGCGUGUCGGCAGGUCCUGCGCUUUGUGUGUCCGCCGCCCACCCGCCAGGUGGCAGUCUGUCUGCGCACGCUACAGUGCGCCCCACACCGCAUCUCCCUCCUGCCUGCCGCCCGCAUGAGUCUUCACCUCCUCGGGAUCUCCCGCUGCGCCGCCCUCUCCAACGUGUCUUCCACCAACCCAGGCAGUGCUUGUAACGGAUCAGCAGGCAACAGCAGUGCUUAUAACGGAUCACACUCUACCCAUGCACACAAUGCAGCCGACCCCGCAUGGCCCCACACGCUUUCACCAGACGACACGGAGGUUCUAGAGGGAAUAAGGAGGAUGGCUGCAUCAGUCUCUGAGCUGCAAGGUCUUCUGGGCAUCCCGCCGCCUGGCUGGUCCUCUCCCCCUGCUCCUGCCUCCUCUACUCCUGCCUCUGCAUCGCGCCCCCCUGCAAGCAGCAGGAGGAAAGGCAAUGCUGCUGGGAUCAUGGGUCUGGGUGGUGGUCCCUCGCCCUUCCCUACGUUUGUUCACGGAGGAGGAAGGGAGGAGGAGGGGGAGGACGAUGGAGUGUCCUGUGAGGCUUUGGUGAGGUGUGCACUUCGGUUUGUAAGAACAGUGAGGGGUGGGGAGGGGCGGAGUGGGGCGGGGGUGGGGGCGGAGGUGGUGGUGCAGGGGGUGCUGGGGGGCGGAGGGGGAGGGGGUGUGGUAGGAGCAGUUGGGGGAGGGAGAGGGGGUGGUAGGACGGGUGGGGGAGGGUGGGGAGGCGGGCGUGGGGGGUCGGGGGGGCAGGGGGGAGGGGCAGGUGCAUUGGAUCCAGCCAUGUUUGCCGGUGUGAGAGCUCUGCUUCUUGAGGCAGCAGCUUUUGACAGGGAGAGGAGGCAUACACGGCAGCCGAUGCAGGCGAGAGUAACGAGUGCUGCAGCAGCAGUGGCGUCAUCAGCAGCAGGAGCAGCAGCAGGAGGAGCAGCAGGAGCAGCAUCAGGAGGAUCUGCAUUGAGGAAAGCAGGUGAAGGAGCAGAAGCAGUGGGGGGAAUGGGGUUGGGAGUUUUGCCAGGAAGGGUGGUGUCAGGGUGUGAUGCGGGGAGCGAAAGAAACAACUGCGGCAACGGUAACAGCAGCAGCGGAAUUAGCAGCAGCAGGCACAUGGCCAAUCCAGGUGGUUACUUCUCCCCAGCUACCACCCCUGUGAAAGACCGUUACAGUCCGGGUGGCAGCAGUGAGAGCAAGCAGGGCGGCAGGAGGCCGAGCUACGCCGACCUGCUGCUGCAGCGUGACGGAGUGGUGGGAGUGGUGGGCGGCGCUGCACAGGGAAUGGGGCUCGCCCGAUGGUCGAAUGCUGCAGGGACUUACGCUGCAAGGCAAGCUGAGUUUGAGAGAAGGAUGGGGAGGCAAGGAGAGAUGGGCUUGGAGGAGGCGCAGGCGCAUUGGAUCCGGCCAUGUUUGCUGGGUCCGGGCGGCAGUGAGAGCAAGCAGGGCGGCAGGAGGCCGAGCUAUGCUGACCUGCUGCUGCAGCGUGAAGGAGUGGACAACGGAGGGGUGGUGCUGAGUACGAUUCACCAGGCCAAGGGGCUGGAGUGGCAGGCUGUGAUUGUAGUGAGGGCGAACGAGGGCGUGCUGCCACUGGUGGACUUCAGUAGAGUCACACAGGCCCCUGCCACUGCCGCCACCACCAACUACUCGCCCACGCCCCAAACCCUACAACCGACAACAGCGACAACGACAGCAGAAGCAGCUGCAGCUGCAGCAGCAGCACAGGGGGGAUCAUCGCGACCAGGUGCCUAUACGGCAGGUGGGGCAGUGGCAGGAAGAGAGGGGUGUGGGCGUGAGUGUGGGUUGCGGCCCCUGCCUCUGCUGCCUGCCAUGCCCCCGGACUACGACGCUCAUCUGGAGGAGGAGGUGAGCUGA